AUGGCAGACGUCAACCCCUAUACCAUCGCGGUCGAUGACUCGCGGAUGAAAGACCUCAAGCUCCGACUCUCCCUAGCCAAGUUUCCCGAUGAGCUAAACGAUGCGGCCUGGGAGAUGGGCGCACCCCUAGCCGACGUCAAGCGACUAACAAAGUACUGGCAAGACUCGUACGACUGGAGAAGGGCCGAGACGGAGCUGAACAAGCUGCCGCAGUUCGUCACCGACAUCCAGGCCGACGGCUUCGAGCCGCUGGCCAUCCAUUUCAUCCACGUCCGCAGCAAGGUCAAGGGUGCCAUCCCGCUGCUCUUCAUCCACGGCUGGCCCGGCCAUUUCGAAGAGGCCAUCAAGAUCCUGAAGCCCCUGAGUGGAGGUGGCGAUGGGGUCGACACGCCGGCAUUCGACGUCGUCGCUCCUUCAUUGCCCAACUUUGGCUUUUCGGAGGGCACCAAGAAGAGGGGCUUCGCCAUAGAGCAGUAUGCCGAGACCAUGAACAAGCUCAUGCUGAAACUCGGCUACAACGAAUAUGUGACACAAGGCGGUGACUGGGGAUACGCCGUCAGCCGAGGCCUCGCCCACCUCUACCCUAAGUACUGCAAGGCAACCCAUCUGAACUUCGACUCGGCCAGCCCGCCCGAGUACCUCAAGAACCCCAUCCUAGCCCUGCAGCACGCCGCGACGCCGUACACGGCGCGCGAGAAGCAUGGCGUAGGCCGCAGCAAGUGGUUCAGUGAAGAAGGGCGAGGCUACAACCUCGAGCAGUCGACCAAGCCGCAGACGAUAGGCUACGCGCUGACCGACAGCCCCGUAGCCUGCCUGGCGUGGAUAUACGAGAAGCUCCACGACUGGACCGACGACUACCCGUGGACCGACGACGAGAUCUGCACCUGGGUCAGCAUCUACUGGUUCAGCACGGCCGGCCCCGCCGCCAGCCUCCGCAUCUACUACGAGGCGCAGCACAACGUCGACGGGCGCGAGGGCAAGAUGACCCGCGCGCGCAUGCAUUCCUGGUCGCCGGGCGUCAAGCUCGGAUGGAGCCACUUCCCCAUGGACCUGGUCGUGCUGCCGAGCACGUGGGUGCGCACCCAGGGCGAGGUCGUCUUUGAGAAGGAGCAUGAGAGUGGCGGCCACUUUGCGGCGUGGGAGAGGCCAGAUGAGAUUGUUGCUGAUGUCAGGGAGAUGUUUGGCAAGGGCGGUGGUGCUUUUGGCUGUGUCAAGGGGGCUUCGGGCUACUCGUCGUGA